GAGAGGCGGUUCAACACGACAUAUUUCUGUCGAGUCACAGCAGCAGACGGCAAGCAGCUUGACUUCGGGGGGCAUCUGUCCCGGGAGGAGAACGUGUGGUUGCAGCACGAGGUGUCCUCCUUCCUGCUCGGCCUGCCUGCGGAGUCAGUCUGAUUUGAUUGCUUGCAUUUUGCCGGCACAAAACUUGCAACCAG